AUGCUUCCGUCAACCCUUCUCUACUCCUCAUCUCGCCUGUCAGGGUAUUGGGGUACCUUGGGUAUCAAUGCUGCAGCAAAGUUGGUAGAAACUGUACGGGGAAGAAUUGACCUUGAUGUUGUCCUUGAUUUGAAUGCCUACAACGCUGCCGGGGACCAAAGUUGUUCUAAGCAUUCUCUGGAAAAACAAGAACUUUUUAAUAUAUCAAAACAUUCAAUAGAUAAGACAAUUAGGACAGUAACAUUUGAUCUCCCUGGUUGUGUGAAAAAAAUGUCAAUUGAUCAGUUUCUUCAAAAUCUUCUCUGGGAAAAAGCAAUCUGUCAUCCAGAUGGGACACCAAUGGAAAUCUUUAGGUUAAAGGUACAGAAAGACAAGAUGUUUCUUCAAAAUCUUCUCUGGGAAAAACAAUCUGUCAUCCAGAUGGGACACCAAUGGAAAUCUUUAGAUGGGACACCAAUGGAAAUCUUUAGGUUAAAGGGCGUUCUUUCCAUCAGUGACUCUCCAAAGAGGGUCAUUGUUCAAGCUGUUCAUGAAUUAUUUGACUUUCAGUACACAUCAGAUUGGGAAACUAAUGAGCAAAGGCUAAACAGAAUGGUCUUUAUAGGUCGAAAUUUGGAUGAGUCUGUUCUCCAAAAAUGUUUAAUUUCUUGUCUAUCUGAAGACAGCAAUUCCUAA